AUGCUCGGGUUUGUGACAGGCCUCAUUCCCUUAACCAGAAAUGACUCUGUCGUCGACAGCAGCUUGAAACGUUGCCGGGUUCGCACGAGUAAGGUUUCGCUGCGGAUGCAGUUGAAGCGCCUCAGGUGGAGUGAGUUUGAGGAUCGCGCAGCGUACGCGCCGUUGCCCAGGAACUGGGCAGGCGAGUUCGACUCCAUAGGACCGCUGGAUCCGCCGAAAAGUCAAGAGGAGAAACUGCCAGAGCAAAUCUUCGGUCAGAAGUAUGAGAAGCCGCUCCCGCUGAAUAUCACUCCUGAGGAAGAAGCUGCUUUCAAAGCGUUUCAGAGCGCCGAACAGCGAGCACGGCAGGAAGCCGUCGCUCGUCUAGCCGAGAAGAAGCAGCUGGAAACCGCAGCGCCUGGCAUAAUGAGCAACUUUGAUCCCGCUUGGGUUUACAAGACCCCAGUUCUCGAGUACUGGCGGAGUCGCAAGUGA